GAGAUAGAAGCUUCUGUUUUUAGUUACCUGGGUUUGCAUUGACUAAAGGAGGAUUUUUGGAUAAGAUUUGACCUAAGAGAUUUGUUUAUGAGGUAUCAUGAAGAUUUCGAAGAUUGAGACGGCGAGUGAUUCCAGUGGGAAAGUCAAUGAGGAAGAGUGUGUUCUUAGUUAUGAUUUGAGGUUGGCAAGGCGAUGCAAGAGAAGGCACAUUGCCUCUGAAAAGUUUACUUACCGUAGCCAUAAGGCUUCAAAACAAACUGUUAACAGUGAUAUCAAAAACAACAAGAAUAAUGGGUCUGCUGCAGAAGGAGUAGUAGUUGAUUCAGAUUAUGAGGUGUUUCUAAAUGAUAUGGUACAGUAUGUUGAUGUAGAUAGUGAUGUUGGGUGUGCAAAUAAUGUAAAUGAUGCUGAUAAGGAUGAUGUUGGUGAGGUUUUAGAUUCUCAGUAUAUGAUGUUCGUAGAUAAUUUAAAAGAAGAUGGGAAAUCAUACAUGCUUGAUUUUGCUCCGAAUAAUGGGACCUCAGUAGUUGUAAGGUAUGAGGAAGAAAAUGGUUCUAGAAAUGAGCUUGUUGUGGAGAAUUUUGAAGACCAUCAAAGUGAAGGGAACAUAGAAAUUGAAAAUAUUUUGAGAAGUCAAUUGGAUAAAGAAAAUAUUGAAGAUCAUGUUUCUUCAAGGGACAUACGGUUGCUUAAGAUGGAGCGGAAGUACAAGGAGACCUGCCAAGAGUUUGAGCAGUGAACCAAAGGAUUUGAAGAAUUGCUGGCCCAGAAAGAUUCAGAGAAAAGAAGCUUAAUGGAUCAAAUUGAAGAGCUUAAAGUGAAGUUGCAAAGUCAAAAUUCUUCAGAAGGAGAUGGUCAUUUAACUGCUGAGAUCACUGAACUAAAGAACCAGUUAGAGGAAAAAAAAAAAAA